AUGGGGUGCAACAUGUGUGUUGUUCAGAAGCCCGAGGAACAAUACAGGGUCAUGUUCCAGAAGGGUCACAUAGGAAACAUGCUGCGCUCUCUUGAUGCUGAGGGCCGAAUGAAGGUGAAUGGGAAGGAGCUGUCCCGGCUCUCCGGGGAUCCAACCCUGGACAUACGGGACCCUGUGUUGUCCAACAUACUGAGGAAGGAGGCCCGCAGGAGGGCCGGUGUGGCGGGGGUGGUCCCCGGAGGACCGGGGGUCGUGACUAUGGGGAUGGCCGACUGCGUGGACAGCUGCACCCAAACAGACAUCAGCUUCCAGCAUAUGUUGACUCUGGGCAAGAGCAACCAGCACCCCUGUGGAGCACCACCUCCGCCAGACCCUCCUCCUUCUCCCCCACUGCCACCGCUACUGGACCCAUACCUCCUCAAUGAGCUUCUCAUAGAGCCUGAGUACUUUGACCCCAACGACUACUUCGACAUCACCCAGCACGAAGUGGACCGGCAGGAUGAGCUGGAGUACGAGGAGGUGGAGCUGUACAAGUCUCGUCAGCAGGACAAACUGGGGCUGACGGUGUGCUACCGGACAGACGACGAGGAAGACCUGGGCAUCUAUGUUGGAGAGGUCAACCCAAACAGUAUCGCUGCGAUGGACGGCCGCAUCCGCGAGGGGGACAGAAUACUGCAGAUAAACGGAGUGGACAUCCAGAACAGAGAGGAGGCGGUGGCCAUUUUGACGCGGGAGGACAGCACCAACAUCUCCCUGCUGCUGGCGCGGCCCGACAUCGAGAAUGACAACCAGCUGGACCAAGAUGAGCUGGACCUCGAGCUGCUGGACAAUGCUGCCCACCUGCCCAGCCCUCCGAAACUGAGGAGCAGCCGGUCCGUCCUGACCGCUGGAGCAGGAGGGGUCACAGGCGGCGGCAUGACGGGAGGCUGUGGUCGCUCCCUGAACAGGGACUCGCUAGGCCUGCUGCAGACAGUGCUGAGCAACAGCCAGGAGCUGGACAGCGGUGUUGGUCGGACCGACGAGAGCACGCGCUAUGAGGAGUCGUCAGAGCACGACCUUCUGGGAGAUGACCACACCAGUGCCUCCAACACCAAUGCCACCAAUACGCCAGGAAGCAUGCGCAAGUUCCUCUCUGGCCGUGGUGACACGCCCCCCCUGCUGCACUCCAGGGACCUCCAGUUCAGCACAGACUCCCUGCUCGGCCUGGACAGCAUUGGUGGAGGAAGCCUGGAGCAGGUGGAGAGAGGCUACACAGGAGACGUGGUGAGGAUGAUGAUGAUGAUGCCCGGGUUGACAGAGGAAGAGUGCGACAGGUACCGGGAGCUCCUGGAGAUCAAAUGUUACUACGAGAAGAACAGCAACGCUCCUGUGCUGCUGGGAGGCCAGGGCCAGGUGGGCGAGGAAGGAGGUGUCGGUCUGGACGUCAACAGGAACGAGAGCCUAAUGCAACACGAGAUGGCACUCCUGGAAGAGGAGCUACGGCACUUGGAGUUUAAGUGCCGCAACAUCCUGAGGGCACAGAAGAUGCAGCAACUACGGGAGCGCUGCCUAAAGGCCUGGCCUCUGGAGGAAGAGGGCGGAGCCGGACGUAUGGGCGGCGGUGCAGGGGGCAGUUCGGUUGGCGAGGAGUCAUGUCACCAUGCUCUCUCAGACAUCAAUGAGCUUCCAGAGAGAGAGCGCUCGGACAAGGACAGCACCAGUGCCUACAACACCGGGGGGGAGAGUUGCAGGAGCACCCCCCUGGCAAAUGAACAGCACCCCUCACCCUCCACACAGAGCUUGGUGGCAGCAGACUCGUUUCCUUCUACAACUGCUGUGCGGCUUCCGUCCUCUGCUCGGCACAGAGAGAGGGGGAACAGGGGGGAGAAAGGACACCUCAAACAGCCCCACUCCCCCAACACGCACAGAAGAGGAGCAGAGGCCAAGACCUCCAGCCCCGCCACCAAGAUUAGGUCGCUGUCCCGCGAUGGAGAGGUUCGGAAGGCCCCCAAAGCCAGCGGGACAGUGGAGCCGGUGGGAAGGCGGAGUGCAGAAAACAGCCCUUAUCUGUCCCGUCGACAGAGCGGUGGCCAAGUGCCUCAACGUUACCAGAGCUGCAUGCAGCUGAGAUCUCCCUCUGCUUCUGAGGGGCUGGAAGGACCCAGAGAUGGGAGCGAUGCCAGCCCCAUGAGCCUCGGCAGCACAUGCAAAGACGGCCCCCAGGGUCCAGUGGCCGAUCCUAUGCACCUCCUGCCAGCCUCCCCCCGCAUGGAGUGGAAAGUGAAGAUUCGCAGCGAUGGCUCGCGCUAUGUGGCCAAACGGCCCGUGAGGGACCGCCUCCUCAAGGCCCGUGCCUUGAAGAUCCGAGAGGAGCGCAGCGGCAUGACGACAGAUGACGACGCCGUGAGUGAGAUGAAGAUGGGCCGCUACUGGAGCAAGGAGGAACGCAAGCAGCACCUCCUGAGGGCACGGGAGCAGCGCCGACGCCGGGAGUUCAUGAUGCGGAGCCGUCUAGACUGUCUGAGGGAAAGGGAGAGGGAGCAAGGCAGCACCGGCGGGGCACAGCAGGAGCCAGCCUCCAUCCUGGAGCUGUGCCACCGCAGGAGCAUGAAGAAACGUAGCCGCAGGAUCCUGGACAACUGGAUAACCAUCCAGGAGCUGCUGGCCCACGGGACCAGGUCUCCCGAUGGGAAGAAAAUCUAUAACCCCCUGCUGUCUGUCACUACAGUCUAA